GGAAGGGGAGGAGAAUUCCGACUGAAAUAUUUGGCCAAUGGCAGGCUUAUACCCACAGUCGGGGUCCUGUGAGUCAGACUAGUAAGGAAGUAAAAAAAAAAGAAGUCGAAAGUGAAACUGUUUCAAACUCAAACGUCAUAUAAAAGACAGAGGACAAAGAGGAUGCAGUAAAACGGAAUUAAAUUGAAUUAAAUAACUGACUUGGCUGGUUUGGGAUAGAACCCACGUGUGGUCUAAACUGGUCAGAUGUGUUCCAGUCUCCUGAGAUAGGGGGCGCUGUUUAUAAAAUGAGUCUCUCAGAGGAGCCAGACACCAAAGGAGGAACCCUCAGCACUGACAGAAAGAGGGUCCAGGUAGAAAGAGCAGGGUCACCUGUACCCAGCUGUCUGUCUAUGAAGAGUGAUCGUUCAAUCGAUCUUCCAUUCACAUUCACAGGAGAGGUCACAGGUGAUCAAAGGGUCCAGGUAGAAAGAGCAGGGUCACCUGUACCCAGCUGUCUGUCUAUGAAGAGUGAUCGUUCAAUGGAUCUUCCAUUCACAUUCACAGGAGAGGUCACAGGUGAUCAAAGGGUCCAGGUAGAAAGAGCAGGGUCACCUGUACCCAGCUGUCUGUCUAUGAAGAGUGAUCGUUCAAUCGAUCUUCCAUUCACAUUCACAGGAGAGGUCACAGGUGAUCAAAGGGUCCAGGUAGAAAGAGCAGGGUCACCUGUACCCAGCUGUCUGUCUAUGAAGAGUGAUCGUUCAAUUGAUCUUCCAUUCACAUUCACAGGAAAGGUCACUGGUGAUCAAAGGAUACUACAGUCUCUCCAGCCCUGCUCUUUAGAAGAGAUGAGUUCAGAGAGAUUAUCUUUCUCAAGACAGUCUCUCCUGUGCACUUUGAUGAAGCUGAAGAAGGAUGAGAAGUUGCAACAGUUUCAGAGCCAUCUGAGUCACGAUUGCCCAGAAUGCUUUGAGAUUCUGUCUGAAGAUCCUUCUGUACUGGUUAAGUUAAUGAAGAUGAAGGAAUUAUUCAAAAGUCAUCAAAUUGAAGAUUACCCAGAAUGCAUUGCGAGAGAGCAGAAGGAUCCUGAGACCCUGUACAUAGUUGAGAAGUUGCUGGAGACCUGUGGCAGUGAGAGGUCUCUGAAGAUCACACUCCACAUCCUGAGGAACAUGAAGCAGAAGGAUCUCGCUGACUCACUGGAGAGAGAUGAGGAGCGCAAUGAAUCCAUAAAAAUAGCCCAGAAGGCACUUAAAGCUCAUCUAAAGAGGAAGUUUGAAUGCAUAUUUGAAGGUUUAGCAAAGCAGAGCAACCCAACCCUCCUCAAUGAGAUCUAUACAGAGCUCUACAUCACAGAGGGGAUAAGUGGGGGGGUCAAUAAUGAACACGAGGUCAGACAGAUUGAGACAGCAUCCAAGAGACAAACCACACAGGAGACUGCUAUCCUCUGCAAUGACAUUUUUAAGCCUUUACCUGGACAAAAGAAACCCAUCAGAACUGUGCUUACAAAGGGCAUCGCUGGCAUUGGGAAAACUGUCUCUGUGCAGAAGUUCAUUCUGGACUGGGCAGAAGGAAAAGCCAAUCAGGACAUUGAUUUCAUCUUCACUCUUCCUUUCCGAGAUCUGAAUUUGAAGAAGGAAAGGGCAUUCAGUCUGAUGCAACUUCUGCAGCACUACUUUCCACAACUGAAAGAGAGCCAAAGUGUUGAAGGUGAUGAGGUCAAAGUGGUGUUUAUCUUUGAUGGUCUGGAUGAGUGUCGACUUCCUCUAGAUUUCCAAGGUAAUGAGAUCUGCUGUGAUAUAACCGAAUCAUCAUCAGUGGAUGUGCUGCUGACCAAUCUCAUUAAGGGGAAUCUGCUUCCCUCUGCUCUCCUCUGGAUCACCUCCCGACCAGCAGCAGCCAAUCAGAUCCCUCCUGAGUUUGUCCACCGAGUGACAGAGGUACGUGGGUUCAAUGACCCACAGAAGGAGGGGUACUUCAGGAAGAGAAUCAGAGAUCAGAACCAGGCCACCAGAAUUAUCACACACAUAAAGUCAUCCAGGAGCCUCUAUAUCAUGUGUCACAUACCAGUCUUCUGCUGGAUAUCUGCUGCUGUUCUGGAGACAAUGUUGGGUGAAACAGAGAGUGGAGAUCUGCCCAAAACUCUGACUGAAAUGUACACACACUUCCUGCUCAUUCAGACUAAUGUGAAGAAUCAGAAGUAUCAUGGCACUGAUGAGACAGACUCAAAGAUGAUGUCAGCAUCAGAUACAGAAAUCAUCCUGAAACUGGGGCGGCUGGCUUUUCUACAGCUGGAAAAGGGCAAUCUGAUAUUCUAUGAAGAGUACCUGAGAGAGAGUGGCAUUGAUAUCAGUGCAGCUUCAGUGUACUCUGGGGUGUGCACAGAGAUCUUUAAAGAGGAGUGUGGGUUGUAUCAGGAGAAGGUCUACUGCUUUGUGCAUCUGAGCAUUCAGGAGUAUCUGGCUGCCUUGUUUGUGUUUCAUUCAUGUGUAAAUGGGAACAGAAAUGUACUCAGAGCAGAAGAAUCAAAAUCUCACAGUGACAGAGUGCAGCUGUCUGAGUUACACAGGACUGCAGUGGAUCAGGCUUUAGAGAGUCAGAAUGGACACCUGGACCUUUUCCUCCGAUUCCUUCUUGGCCUCUCUCUGGACUCCAGUCAGAUUCUCUUCAGAGGACUACUGACACAGACAGGAAGCAGAUCACAGAGCAUUGAGAACACAGUCCAGUACAUUAAGGAGAGGAUCAGAAAGGAAUCUUCAGCAGAGAGGACCAUCAAUCUGUUCCACUGUCUUAGUGAACUGAAUGACAACUCUCUAGUGGAGGAAAUACAGAAUUCCCUGAAAUCAGGAAAACUUUCUGAUAACGAGCUGGAACCAGUCCAGUGUUCAGCUCUGGCUUUUGUGUUACUGAUGUCAGAGGAGGUCCUGGAUGAGUUUGACUUGAAGACCUACAACACAUCAGCAGCAGGUCAUCACAGACUGGUACCAGUAGUCAGGAACUGCAGGAAGGCCAUACUGAACAACUGUAACCUCACAGAGAAGUCCUGCGAUAUUGUGGCCUCAGCUCUCCAGUCAUCAAACUCAACCCUGAGAGAUCUGGACCUCAGCUACAAUAACCUGAGAGAUUCAGGAGUGAAGCUGCUCUGUGCUGGACUGAUGAGUCCAAACUGUAAACUAGGGAGACUGGACCUCAGCUGCAAUAACCUGGGAGAUUCAGGAGUGAAGCUGCUCUGUGCUGGACUGAUGAGUCCAAACUGUAAACUCCAGAGCCUGGGGCUGGGUUGGUGUAAUCUCACAGAGGGCUGCUGUGAUGUACUGGCCUCAGUCCUGCGUUCUCCUCACUCAGAGCUGAGCGAUCUGGAGCUCAGAGACAACGAGCUGCAGGAUUCAGGAGUGACAGCGCUCUCUGCUGGACUGGAGGAUCCACACUGUAAACUGCAGAGACUGGGACUGAACAGCUGUAACCUCACAGAGAAGUCCUGCGAUAUUGUGGCCUCAGCUCUCCAGUCAUCAAACUCAACCCUGAGAGAUCUGGACCUCAGCUACAAUAACCUGGGAGAUUCAGGAGUGAAGCUGCUCUGUGCUGGACUGAUGAGUCCAAACUGUAAACUACAGAGACUGGGACUGAACAGCUGUGACCUCACAGAGGAGUCCUGCGAUAUUGUGGCCUCAGCUCUCCAGUCAUCAAACUCAACCCUGAGAGAUCUGGACCUCAGCUACAAUAACCUGAGAGAUUCAGGAGUGAAGCUGCUCUGUGCUGGACUGAUGAGUCCAAACUGUAAACUACAGAGACUGGGACUGAACAGCUGUGACCUCACAGAGGAGUCCUGCGAUAUUGUGGCCUCAGCUCUCCAGUCAUCAAACUCACCCCUGAGAGAUCUGGACCUCAGCUACAAUUACCUGGGAGAUUCAGGAGUGAAGCUGCUCUGUGCUGGACUGAUCAGUCCAAACUGUAAACUACAGAGACUGGGACUGAACAGCUGUGACCUCACAGAGGAGUCCUGCAAUAUUGUGGCCUCAGCUCUCCAGUCAUCAAACUCAACCCUGAGAGAUCUGGACCUCAGCUACAAUAACCUGAGAGAUUCAGGAGUGAAGCUGCUCUGUGCUGGACUGAUGAGUCCAAACUGUAAACUACAGACACUGGGACUGAACAGCUGUGACCUCACAGAGGAGUCCUGCGAUAUUGUGGCCUCAGCUCUCCAGUCAUCAAACUCAACCCUGAGAGAUCUGGACCUCAGCUGCAAUAACCUGGGAGAUUCAGGAGUGAAGCUGCUCUGUGCUGGACUGAUGAGUCCAAACUGUAAACUACAGAGACUGGGACUGAACAACUGUAACCUCACAGAGAAGUCCUGCGAUAUUGUGGCCUCAGCUUUCCAGUCAUCAAACUCACCCCUGGGAGAUCUGGACCUCAGCUGCAAUAACCUGGGAGAUUCAGGAGUGAAGCUGCUCUGUGCUGGACUGAUGAGUCCAAACUGUAAACUACAGAGACUGGGGCUGGGUUGGUGUAAUCUCACAGAGAGCUGCUGUGAUGUUCUGGCCUCAGUCCUGCGUUCUCCUCACUCAGAGCUGAGAGAUCUGGAGCUCAGAGACAACGAGCUGCAGGAUUCAGGAGUGACAGCGCUCUCUGCUGGACUGGAGGACCCACACUGUAAACUGCAGAGACUGGGGCUGUCAGGCUGUAGAGUCACACAGAGAGGCUGUGAUUCUCUGGCUUCAGCUCUGUGUUCAAACCCCUCACACCUGAGAGAGCUGGACCUGAGAUACAAUCACCCAGGAGACUCAGGAGUGAGAGCGCUGUCUGCUGCUAAACUGGACACACUCACACUGCUUGUGGACCAUGGAGGAGAGAACAGGACCAAACCAGGACCCAGGAAAUACGGCUGUCAGCUCACACUGGAUCCAAACACAGCGUGCGAAGAGCUGUCUCUGUCUGAGGGGAACAGGAGGGUGACACGCACACCGGAGAGAGAGCAGCCUGAUCCUGAUCAUUCAGAGAGAUUUGACUCUGUGCUCCAGGUUGUGUGCAGAGAGAGUUUGUGUGAGCGCUGUUACUGGGAGGCUGAGUUCAGUGUGCCUGAGGGGUGGGGAGGGGUUCUUAUAGCAGUGACAGAUAAAGGAAUCAGCAGGAAAGGAUGGGGUUCUGACUGUAAGUUUGGAUGGAAUAAAAACUCCUGGAGUCUGGAGUGCAGUAAACCCAGAUACUCUGAUAAACCCAGUUACUCUGUCUGGCACAAUAAGAACGAAACACACAUACCUGCCCCCACCUCCCCCUACCGCAGAGCUGGAGUGUGUGAUGAUGAUGAUGAUGGUAGAGGAGUGUGUGUGUACAGGGUAGGAGUGUGUGUGGACCGUCCGGCUGGCACUCUGUCCUUCUGCAGCGUCUCUGACUCUGACACACUGACCCUCCUGCACAGACUCCACACACACUUCACUCAACACACACCCCUCUGUGCUGGAUUUGCAGUGUGUAAGUCCUCCUCAGUGUCCCUCUGCCAACUGGAGUAGAGACACACACACACACACACACACACACACACUGAGAUACACAUAGACACACCCACACCUACACACACUCAUGUACACAUACACACACACACCACACACACCACACUCAUGUACACAUACACACACACCACACUCAUGUACACAUUCAUACACACACCACACACACUCAUAUACACAUACACACACACACACACACACUCAUAUACACAUACACACACACACACACUCAUGUACACAUACACACACACACCACACACACUCAUAUACACAUACACACACACACACACACACGCACACGCACACUCUGAUACACAUAGACACACCCACACCUACACACACUCAUGUACACAUACACACACACACCACAUACACCACACUCAUGUACACAUACACACGCACCACACUCAUGUACACAUUCACACACACACCACACACACUCAUAUACACAUAAUCACACACACACACACACACAUACACACACACACACCACACUCAUGUACACAUACACACACACACCACACACACUCAUAUACACAUACACACACACACACACCACGCUCAUGUACAUAUACACACACACACCACACUCAUAUACCCACUCACACACACACACACACACACUCAUAUACCCACUUACACACACACACUCAUAUACACAUACACACCACACUCAUGUAUCCACUCACACACACACACACACACUCAAUCACACACACACACACACCCACACCUACACACACGCAUGCACACACACACACUCAUGUACACAUACACACACACACACUCAGAUACACACAGACACACCCACACCUACACGCAUGCACACACACUCAUAUACACAUACACACCACUGAACACACACCUGUCUGUGCUGGAUUUAGAGCGUGUGACUCCUCAGUAUCCCUUUGCUCACUAAAGUAGACACACACACACACUCUCUCACUUACACUCCAGCACACACACAUACUCUCACACACACCCUUUCUCUCUCACACUCACACACACUCACAAAUACACACACCGAUGUACACUCAUGCACACACACCCACACAUGCACACACUCAUGCGCACACACUCACAAACUUACACACACGUACACACUCUCUCACACCCAAUUACACACAUGCACACACACACCUACACACAUGGACACACACAAUCUCUCGCACACACAAACACACACAUUCACCAGUGCACUCUCAUGCGCACACACACAUGCAUGCAUACGUACAUACACUCAUAACCGUAUGCACACACACACACACGCAAAAUAUGGCAGUGUAAAAUGUUUUUGAAGUAAUAACUCUCUCCUGUAUCUGCAUCUUUGUAUAAGAGAAGCCAGUGGCACUCCUCCACUUAAAUGUGCAUUUUACUAGUUUUUACAGUUGCUUAUAUUCAUUUUCAUAAGAGUUCCAAUGUGCAAAUUUAUGUUGGCAAAUGCAGCUGAUAAGGAGAAUGCAAAAUAGUCACUGCGGUGUACUUCUUUCCUUUCAUUACUGUAAACAAUGAUUUCUUAUUGGGUCAGGAAGGAUUGGGGUUUUUUUUAAGCUGUUGCUUUAAUUUUCUGUAUUUUCAGACAAUAAUCUUCAAUGAUUAAACCUGAAUUACAGAAAACAUCAAAUGUGUUGGUGUUAUGAUUUAUUAUUGUGCGAUGUAUUUAACUCCUGUGACACAGUAGUACUUAUUUCAUAUUCCGUAGGGGAUUAUGUUUGGGCUCAAUAUGAACAGAUCAGCAUGGGGUUAAAAUCUGAACAGUUGACAUUCAUCUACAAUAGUGGAAAUAAAUUAUUUAAUACAUUAUAAGAAAAGUUGUGUAGUGUCUGAUGAAUGGUUGCUUCUGUUACUGUAGUGUAACCACAAUUGAAUACAUUUAGAAAAGUCACUACUUGUCUAUUGAGCAGGUGUGUUUAUAUUACCUCUCAAAGAAAUGGUUUUCCUGCAGGUUUUAACCUGUAUCUGCUGCACAUCAGUUGAAUGGAUUAGACCACAACUGAUGUGCACACACACACACACACACACACACACUCUCUCUCUCUCAUACUCAGUCACUCACACACAUACCCUCUCUCUCUCACACACACACUCACAUCCACAGUUACACACAUAUUCACGCAAUCUCACGCACACACACACACACAAACUCAUGCACUCACGUACACACACAUACAUGCGUGCAGAGACACAAACACGUGUCAACACACACACACACACACACACACACACACAUUCUCAUUCCCAUACGCAUGCACACACAUGUAUAAACACAAGCGUUCUCUUGCCCAUACACACACGCGCACAUACACACUCAUGUACUCACACAGACACACAUAUUCAUGCGUGCACACACAUUAUACACAUGUCUACACAAACAUUCUAAUACCCAUACACACACACACACUCACACACACAUUCACAAAGGCACACUCAUGCACCCACACACACACACACACAUACACACACACACACUCUCUCACAUCCACAGUGUUCACUCAAACAGACGCACACUCACACACAGACACACACACACAUGUAUGAACACACACAAACACAUUCUCUUACCCAUACACACACGCACCCGUGUGCACACACACACACAUACUCAUGCACUCACACACAUGCAGACAUACACACAUACAUGCGUGCACAUGCACACACACAUUCUCUUACCCAUUCACACAAUCAACCCGGGCACACACACACACAUACUCACGCACUCACACAUAUGCACACACAUACUCACAUCCACAGUCCCUCCCACAAACAUACGCACGCAUGCACAAACAUUCACAAAUACACACACACGUCAACACACUUGCACCCUUCCUUGACCAAUGCCUUACCAGUGCAAUUUCAGCUGUGCCCAAUAUUAACCUCAGUACAGCUUAAACCCUGUACAUAAGAGUAUGAUCUUUCAGCAGGUUCAGGUUAAGCACUUGCUGUCUAAAUGUGAUUUUAUAUUUUUACAUGUUAAUGCAUUUAUAUUUCAAAUGUUCAAGGUGUGUUUAUGUACUUUUGAUUAUUAAAAGAUUAAUAUAACAUUGAGUGUAAUAAUGGCAAAAUAUGGCAGGGUAAAAUGUUUCUCUCCUGUAUCUGCAUCUUUGUAUAAGAGAAGCCAGUGGCACUCCUCCACUUAAAUGUGCAUUUUACUAGUUUUUACAUUUGCUUAUAUUCAUUUUCAUAAGAGUUCCAAUGUGCAAAUUUCUGUGGGCAAAUGCAGCUGAUAGGGAGAAUGCAGAAUGGUCACUGCAGUGUACUUAUUUCCUUUCAUUACUGUAAACAAUGAUGGGUUGAGUUUUCUUAUUGGGUCAGGAAGGAUUGGGGUUUUUUUAAGCUGUUGCUUUAAUUUUCUGUAUUUUCAGACAAUAAUCUUCAAUGAUUAAACCUGAAUUAUAAUAAACAUCAAA